UUGAUUCUGAGCUCUCUCGUGCCCAAGACCGACACAGCAUUUUCCCCCGUACUACUGACACACAUGAUGGGUCCGGGUUCAUCUCCUGUCGCUAAUGGCUGUGACCUGGCAGUCAAAACUGAGAGGUGUUCCUCAGCGACAUUCUCGACACGCCAUCAGCAGUCGACCAGUGCUGGAGGAGGAGACGACGGGAACAUUUCCUUGUGCCAUCCCAGCGUGAGGUCUACGAAUAGUCUCGCCACAGAGGCUGCUGCUGCUGGUGGAGUUAACAGCACCAACGACAACACGCACCAGCAUGGUGACGACGAUGGUGGUAGCGGUGAUGAUGACUGGUUCAAAAUCGUCGAUGUGGACACCACAGAGGUGUCGGCAGGACAAGGAGGAGGAGGAGGAGGAGGAGGAGGAGGAGAAGCAAAAACACCACCAACUAGCACGAACACUGCAGCACCACCAGCGGCCGCCAAACAGGCCUCAGGAGAGGGCAAGAACCAGCGACUUCCGGCCUUCAACUUCUCGUUCGCAAUGGGCGGGUGGCUCAUGUUCUACACGUUUGGGGUGGCCAAAUGCUUGCUGGAUCACGGGUUGCACAACGUGCGACCCACGGAGCAGAGCGUCAUCGGAAGCUCUGCUGGUUCCCUGGCCGCCGCUGCUUUGGUCCUCGAGGCCGACAUAGACAAGGUACCAGAACUGUUCGAAUUUGAGUUGAUUACGGUACUAAACCAUCAGUUGGCGGCGUAG